GGGCGAUACAGAUGUAGAAAAAUAAUAACACGUGAAAGCAAGAAUUAAGAAUCUACAUGAAUACUGAAGGAGUUUUCACAAUGAAAUAGACACUGGCAGUUGAAAUUCUAUUUCCCUCGUUUUCUUUUUACAACAUGACACCAGAAGAGAAAUCAUUGGAUUCCCAAUCAUCAAAGAAAAUGAAGCGGAUAGAGUCCAAGAAGAGAAAAGCAGUGGCUUUCCUUCAGUUAGCUAAAGAUGUGGAUGCGGUUGAAGCCAGUUUGGAUGACUCUGACAAUGAGGACCACAUACAAACUAAGAAACAGAGGAUUCCUGAGGCAUUUGGGAAUAUUGCAUCAUUUGUUUCACAAGAAAAGUCAACCACAAGAUCAAAGAGCAACUCUAAAGAAGUGAACAAUACAAUACUGUCAGGAGAUGCCCUGCUUGAACUUCGUAAAACCCUACGAGAAAAGCAGAAAGCUAGCCUGGAGAGAGCCAAGAUAUUCCUUACACUGGAUGACCUAGCAUCAGACUAUGGUGCUAUGCUAUGUAAGGAAAGCCCAGCUCCUACAUUACCUCCCCUGUUUAUGAUGGAUGUGCAGCACUUGAUGUUGUAUGCCAUACAGGGUAAUAUCUCAUCAUAUAGGCCAAGGUGGUGUAAGUUGCUGAGACCAAGCAAGAUAUCUGGGGUAGUGGUAAUCGUGCUUGAUGGAGUCGGCAGUGAGGAUUAUCAGGCACAUCCAGAAUGUUUUUCUAAUAUACAGAAGUUCUUUGAAAUGUCUAUAGAAAUGGUAUCUCCUGCGGAGUAUGGCUCUUCUGUUGCUGAGGAGCUACUGUAUGUUCCAUUGUCAUUCAGGGAAAAGUUACAACUCAAGAAAAAUUCUUCUGGAAAACAGGAACAGUGCCAGUUGAUUAAUGUUGAACCAAUGGUCCCUAUCAUUGGUGAAAAAGCGCUGCAUACAAGUCAUGUCAAUGUGGAAAAUACAGAUGAAACAAAGGAAACUGGGGAAAUGUCAGAAAUGAAAAACUUGGAAGCUGAAGAAUUACCAGCAUCAGACAGAUUUCCCAGGACACAUCUCCUACUGAGUACAUCACAGAUGGUGAUAGAGGGAUUCCCUAUGCCUAGCCUAAAUACAAACACAGAUUUUGUCUACUCAAAAGAAGAAUAUGGCACAGUAACUAACCAAAGCCCGAUGUUUGCAGUGGAUUGUGAAAUGUGCCUGACAGUUAGAAUGAAGAGUGAAUUGACCCGUGUUUCUGUGGUCAACGAGGACCUGGAAUGUAUCUACGAUACAUUUGUGAAACCAGAACACAAAAUCCGUGACUACGUCACAAAAUACAGUGGCAUCACAAAGCAGAUCCUGGAUCCGGUGAAGACACGUCUGAGUGAUGUACAGAAGUACUUGAGGAAGAUUCUACCUGAUGAUGCCAUUUUGUGUGGACAGUCACUAUGUGGUGACCUGAAUGCUCUACAGAUGUUUCACCCUUAUGUGAUGGACACCAGUGUUAUGUAUAAUCUGAAUGGAGACAGGAGAAGGAAAACAGGACUGAAACGACUUACUUCAGUAUUUCUCAAACGUGAUAUCCAGGAGAAUGCAUCAGGCCACAACUCAAUAGAAGAUGCCACAGCCACAAUGGAACUUGUCAAGCUCAAGCUGGCCAAUGAUAUUGGUUUCGGUGAUUGUGUAAUUGGUGGAGCGUUAUUUCCACCAGAAGAACAAGGUGAUUCAGACCAUAAAUCUGAUAAGCUAGAUGAUCCAGACCACAAGUCAGAGCAGCAAAGUGUCAUGACAUCUACAGAUGGAACAAAGGAUGGAUGUAGUUCAGGGACUGUGGACACUCAAUCAAAGUCGGAGGCUUUGUCACAUAGACAAAUCAUCAAAAGGAAAAAGUCCUUUUUCCACAACACAUCAAGUAGCUCUUACAAGAGUCUCUUCAGUGUUAUCAAGGAUGUAAAGAAAACAGCUGCCCUUGUGGAUGAGACCCCUGUUGUACAACAGCAUGCUAAUCAGGAUGUGGUUGCCAUAGAAUCUGAUUGUGACAGAACUAGUAAAUCCCUGUCCAAGUCGUAUGUGGAGUACCAUGACUUUGUCUACACAUGCUUUCCCUCGUACAAGAAAGAAGUCUCAGGUAGUCUAACAGAGGAGGAAAAAAAGAGACUCCUUGGCAGAAUGGAUAAACGUCUAGGGAAGGUGCUGAAACAUACCAGGGUUGGUAGUCUGGUGAUGGUGAUUUUAUCUGGACAAUCUACUGCGCAAAACUGCCAAAGUGCCAAGACUUUCAUAAAAGUUGUCUGAAUCAGAGGAUUAUUCUGUUGUCAUUCAUUAUUAAAUACAAGUACACUGAUA